AUGGGUAACGAAGAAUCGGUCAUCGUGGAUGAUUCCACAUCCCCCUCGGUGCUGGAAGCACGCAGUAUCGAAGCGGUGGCCAAACACAUCAAAGAGCGCAAUGUGAAGCGGAUUGUGGUGAUGGUGGGAGCGGGUAUCAGCACCUCGGCUGGUAUUCCGGAUUUUCGCUCACCAGAUACUGGGAUCUAUUCGAAUUUGGCCUUUCUAGACUUGCCAGACCCCGAAGCUGUAUUCGACAUUAGUUUCUUUCGGCAGAACCCCAAGCCAUUCUAUGCUCUGGCACAUGAGCUAUACCCGGGACGUUAUCGCCCGACGAUUGCACACUCAUUCAUCAAGUUGCUUUACGACAAGGGAAUGCUGCUGAAGCAUUUUACGCAAAAUAUUGACUGCCUGGAGCGCCAGGCCGGUGUACCCGGUGAGAAGAUCAUCGAGGCACAUGGCAGUUUCGCAACGCAACGCUGCAUUGAUUGCAAGACUCCCUUUCCGGAUGAGCAGAUGCAUCCGAUUGUCCACAAGCACGAGGUGCCCUACUGUCCCGAGUGUCGGGGUCUCGUAAAGCCCGACAUUGUGUUCUUUGGCGAGGCAUUGCCAGAGAAUUUCUUCACCAACCGUUCAUUACCGGCCGAGGCGGAUCUAUGCAUUGUCAUGGGGACCAGUUUGUCUGUCCAGCCAUUUGCCAGUUUACCCUCGCUGUGCAGCGAUGGGGUUCCUCGCGUUCUGAUUAACAAGGAGCGCGUUGGCGGCAUGGGGUCCCGGCCAGACGAUGUGCUGAUCCUAGGCGAUUGUGAUGCUGGCGUGCGGCGAUUUGCCCGGGCCAUGGGAUGGGAGGAAGAAUUGGGGGCGCUGUGGAAAGAGACUAAUCCGGACCCUAAGGCUCGGGCGGAGGAGAGUGCUCCGCCGCAGACCCGCGACGAGCGGCUCCAGGACGAGGUGGAGCGUCUCACAGAAGAUAUUGACCGGACCCUGGGGAUGACGGAUGCUUAUCAGCAGCGGGUACGCGAGAGACUUGAGUCGAACGAAGCACACCGCCAGUCUGACAGUGGUCUUGCCCAUGUGUUCCCACACUUGGCGCGCAAGCCAUGA